AUUGGAAAGUCUGAAAGUGAAGAAAAACCCAAAGAGGGAGAAAAAUAUUAAAACUGGCAAGCAACUUGAAAACAAAUUAAAGCAAAAAGAAAAUCUUUCCAAAGCCAAAUUUGAGUAUUAUUUAGAUAUUUUAGAUGAUAUGAAAAUAGUUAUAGAUGAGAAAGCAGGAAUUAUUUCUGAUUAG